GUGUUUUGGUGUCAAGCGGCGCUGCUAGGCUAGCCGGGCCAGCUAGCAAUUCUGCAAGUCAUGGUGGGCCAUUCAGCGAGGAAAGGCUGAAGGAUGCUUUAUCGAGCUGCACUGUGGAACUGUUAAAGAAACGGGACUUAAUGCAUUUCUUACGUGCUAGUGGUCUUCAGGGCUCGACGGUACAGUUGCAAAAUCGCAGCGCGAAUGAGAAGAUGAGAACCUUAUGAAGAACAAAGAUCUGAGCACAGACUGGACUCUCUCGGACUGGAAACGCCAUCCCGGAUGUCACAUGCCUUCUAAACAAACAGAAUCCUGCUGAAGACCCUUUUCCCCCCCCCCUUCACUUAUCUUACACCACUUUUUUUUUAUGUUUAUGUGUCUGUAUCCGUCUCCUUGCGCAACUGAAAGAAGUUCUGUUCCACGGUAGUGAGCCCCGUUUUUGUUUUUAUUUUUUACUUUUUGUUCCUUUGUAAAGAAAUGCUUUACCUGAAAAAGUACUUCACAGAGGGCCUGAUUCAGUUCACCAUCCUUCUGAGUCUCAUUGGGGUGCGGGUGGACGUUGACACCUAUCUAAACAAUCAGCUGCCCCCACUGAGAGAGAUCAUCCUGGGGCCUAGCUCAGCCUACACCCAGACACAGUUUCACAACCUGCGCAACACGCUGGACGGCUAUGGCAUCCAUCCAAAGAGUGUGGACCUGGACCAUUUCUUCACCACUCGGCGGCUGCUGAACCAGGUCCGCCAGCUGGAUCGCCUCUCCGUGCCCAGUACCGAGCUCAACACCUGGCUAGUGCAUCGUGACUCUGAGACUGUGGUGUCCCCCAGCAGCCAGUCCGGCCCCAGCAUCACCCUGGAAAAUGGGGCCGGCCUAGAGGACGUUAACAACCCUGACGCUACCCCGGCCAUGAGGGGAGGAAGUGGAGCUCCUGAAUCCACGUACAACCUGAACGCGGCGGACAGCAGCCUGGGAGCUGUGGCACCAGAGGGCAACCAGGAGCAGGGCGGCAGGGAUGGCAACGACGACCUCACAAAAGAGGACAUUGACUUGAUUGACAUCCUAUGGCGACAGGACAUCGACCUCGGUGCAGGAAGAGAAGUGUUCAACUACAGCAACCGGCAGAAGGAGAACGAGGAGGAGCAAAAGCCCAACCCACAUGAGAGCAAAGACGGGAAUGAGGAACAGGAGAGCUGGAGGAACGGAGUUAACCUGCAGGGUGUUCAGCCAGUGGACGGGGAGACGGGGGAGAGUAUUCCAGAGCAGCUCCCAGGCAUCGGCUCACAGACUUCUCUGUCUCUACAAGAAUGUUUGAGGCUGUUGGAGGCGACUUUUCCAUUUGGAGAAGAAUCAGAGUUUCCAGCCCCAGUUGUCAACAGAGAAAUAGUUUCCAAUGAAGCUCCUUCUACAUCUCAGGGCCUUCCUCUGGCACCACUGCUGCCCUCAGCAGAGCCACAGUUAGACCUGGAGCAGCAGUGGCAAGACAUCAUGGCCAUCAUGGAGCUACAAGCGAUGGAAGUAAACAACACUUCAGUUCCCACAAACUCCAGCAGUGUGAACGGCACGACGGGGACAGUUGAGUCAAACACUGUCGGGAACUUUGAACUUUCGACUGGCUCUACACCAGUAAACCAGGAUGUCAGCCUUCACCAGGCCUCCCUCCCCAGCUGCAGCCAAGACUUCCCCCAGAUCUUCAAUCCCCAGUUGGACUCUAUCAGCAUCACCCCAAGAACCACCUUACCCAGACUUUCUUCCAGCAACUCCAGCAACAUAAACUCCACUUUUGGAACCACUAACCUGACUGGGAUCUUUCUCCCUCCUCACAUUAACAGUUCCAGUAACAACAUUACAUCCACACCCAUCCUGCCAGAUCCCUUCAGCACCCUGCUGGAGGAAUCCAUGCUCGAUGAGAUCAGCUUGCUGGACCUCGCCAUGGAGGAGGGCUUCAGCCAGGCCCAAGCUUCCCAGCUGGAGGACGAGCUCGACUCAGAUUCCGGUCUUUCUCUGGACUCGAGCCACAGCCCGGCGUCCCCGAGCAGCUCUGAGACAUCCUGCUCCUCUGCAGCAUCUUCUUCGUCAACGUCUGCCACUUUCUCAGAGGAGGGAGCCGUGGGGUACAGCACCGACUCAGAGGUCACCACUGUGGAGCCCGAGGAAGGGGCUGUCGGGGGUUAUCAGCCGGGUUACAGUAAACUCUGCCGUAUGAGUUAUCAGGACCCCUCUCAGUUCCACAGCCUCCCUCACCUUGACAGCAUCAGCCACAAUCACACCUACAACCUGCCGCUUUCCUCUGCGUUCGCCGAACAUCCAGAGCUCCCCAUUCCAACCGGGAAGAAGAACGUCCGCGACAAACACAACUCGAAACUCCAGACUCAUCAGGACCUGCUCGACAAGCACGCGAGUCGUGACGAACGCAGAGCCCGCGCCAUGAAAAUCCCCUUCUCCAACGAGAAGAUCAUCAACCUGCCCGUGGAAGAGUUCAACGAGCUGCUCGCCAAGCACCACCUGAGCGAACCCCAGCUCGCCCUCAUCCGCGACAUCCGCAGGCGCGGGAAGAACAAGAUGGCGGCCCAGAACUGCCGCAAACGCAAACUCGACACCAUCAUAAACCUGGAGCAGGGCGUCCACGACCUGCGGCGCGACAAGGCCCGCCUGCUGAAGGAGAAGAUGGAGUUCAUCCGUUCCAUCCGGCAGAUGAAGCAGAAGGUGCAGAGUCUGUAUCAGGAGGUUUUCAGUCAGCUGAGGGACGAGGAGGGCCGGCCCUAUCCUCCCAGCGAGUACUCGCUCCAGUACAGCGCAGACGGCAGCGUGCUGAUCAUGCCUCGCUGCGUGACGACGGCGGAGCAGAACCGAAAGCCAGAGAAAAAACAAAAAGACAAAAAGAAGUGAGGGAGGGAAACUGCUGUGUAUUCUAUAACUUUUGCUAAGUCAAUAAGAACGAUUUCUGCAGAUGCAAGAGAGAUGUCCUUUUUUUCCUUUAUGAAGAUUCUGGUGAGUAGAAGAAAUGGCAUUGUUGACUACUCUUCCUGCAUAAGUUUCUCCCUUUUCAUUCUGUUCCUACGUUUAUUUCCUGGAAACAACUCUGAAGCUGAAGUAGCUCUUCGUUUGAGUACUGAUAUUUCAUUAUUUAGUCGGGGGGAAACAAUAAGCGAGAAGAAGAGGGAUAUAAAAAGGACAUAAAAUGAGCUAUUAGAAAAAUUUAGCUGCUCUCGAUCCUUUUGCACCAAACCACUGAGGAUGGAGGAGAUAUGUAGGGUGAAACGAGGGACUGGUGAGGAGAAACACGAACACUGUCAACACGGACGGUUGGAAUACCUAUGCACAGAAGGUUUUGAGGGACUAUCAGAUCACAUCCCAUCCUGAAGACUUUUGAGUGAUUUUCAUGGUCACUGAGCGUUUUAAGUUGCACAUCUUCAGGAUAGGAAUAUCAUUCAUGGGUGUGAGAGAUUAGAUACCAAAGGCUAAAGGAAGUCCAUCAUUUUAGGAGGCUAUUAACACCUAUACUAACCAAAGGUUGUAUGGUGCACAUCAUUUGAUCUGAAUACAUCCUAAAUGCUCAAUUACUGCACUCUUGUUCUGUAGAUUUGUAUCGCAGAUUCCUGUUUUUGAGUCAGUUGCAUCUGAGUUUGGAAGACCCCGAAAGAGAUUGGGGUUUGUUUGUGUGGGGAUGUUGACACAAGAAAGAGUCAGAGGUUGAGUGUUCCCGGGCUGGCCGCUGCUUAAAGAGGCCUGGAGGUGAAGUCCUGCUAGAGGGGCGGAUGGAUGUUUUUAUGAAGGAGGCACACUGCAUUGCUAAACGUAUCAACUUCCUUAUAAAUUAUACAUAGCACUGUAAUUUGUCUUUAAAAGGCUUGGCUAUAUGCAUUUUGCUGUGUCUGUCGCUAUUCCUUCGCUGCAGGUUUAAAUAUCUGAAGCUGCGUUUAGGAAGGCUCUUAUUAUUAACUGUUCAUAAUCUGUAGUAUAAGCAAGGUUAGAGAUCAAUCCACAUCAGCUUUAUGUCACAGUCCACACCUUCUUUGUUUAUUUAAAUCAGCAGCAGAGCCUGUAAUCAGAAGUGUUGGGGGGUGAUGUGCAGGAGCUCUGUAUGAGCCGCAGCUCGAGGCUGUCACAUAUCAACGUUGUUAAGAUUAUUUAAGAGUUGUUCUGACACCAUUACCUUCAGGGUGAAUUCUUCAGAUACAGCUUACAUUGCACAGAAGUUAUUAGUGAGUAAGCCCGUCAAUACAACAAUACGAUACACUGAUUAAUAAGCCCCCAACAAUAGACUUUCCUCCUCUGCUACAGAAAAAGUAGUCUGCAUGGCAUGACAUAAAUUAUUGUUGCUUCUGUUUUAGAGCAGCAGAAAAACUAUUUGAAUAAAACAUGAAAUUAAAACUGGCCAUAUAAGGCAGUUUAAUGGUAAAAAUAUGGGUUUUUUCAGGAUGCAGGAUGGUUUAGCGGUGAAGCCGUACUGCCCCAUGUGCAGAGCCUAGUAGUCCUGUUUGCAGCAGACGUGGGUUGUAGUCCGACCUCGGCCUUUUG